AUGACGUGUACAAAUGGAAUGUUGGUCGCGCCUUCUAACCAUAUCUUAAGUUGUUUCUCGGUAAACCCUUGUAUAUCGCCACUACACAUAACGGAGAAUUCCGGCCUUCCACAACAAUCACGAUUACUAUAUGUUGGUGGUGAAACUAAAAUGAGAACAGAAGUUAUAGCACUUCCACAAUUGGAAGGGUACAAGGAUCCUCUCAGGAAGGCGAAAAGGGAGAUUCACUCCAAUACAAGGAGGGUAUACAGCACUUCCCCAGUACGUAGAAAGGGCAGAUGCAACCCGAAAUGGGAGGUAUGCGCAUCCCGUGAAUAUGGUAAUAUAGUAACACUUCAAGCCUUCCUGCAAAGAAGAAGUGAUAACAUCGCACGAAGGGAAGGUAAUAUUGUCCUACGAAAAGAAAUUACUAGAUUCAAAAAAGUUUGA